AUGGAUCCCGCUUCUGAAGCUGCCAGGACCGACCUUAUGACACUGACCAGACAUGUGUUGAAUGAGCAGUCCAAGCACCCAGAAGCUCGUGGAGAUCUCACCAUUUUGCUAAAUCACAUUGUGCUUGGCUGCAAAUUCGUCUGCUCUGCUGUCAACAAGGCUGGCCUCGCAAAACUUAUUGGUUUGGCUGGUGAGACAAACGUCCAAGGAGAGGAGCAGAAGAAGCUUGACAUUCUGUCCAACGAUGUGUUCGUCAAGGCCCUUGUCAGCAGCGGCCGAACGAACGUUCUCGUGUCAGAGGAACUGGAAGAUCCUAUCUUUGUCGAUAAAAGACUCCGCGGAAGGUAUAUUGUGGUCUUCGACCCGCUCGAUGGAUCUUCCAACAUCGACUGCGGAGUGUCCAUUGGAACAAUUUUCGGCAUCUACAUGCUCCAAGCGGGCGAUGAUGGCGUCAUUCCCGAAGGCACGAUUGAGGAUGUUCUGCAGCCUGGAACCAAGAUGGUGGCAGCAGGGUACUGCAUGUAUGGCAGUUCGUGCAUGCUUGUGCUGAGCACCGGUAAUGGAGUUAACGGGUUCACCCUGGAUCCGUCUCUCGGGGAGUUCAUCCUCACUCACCCCGACAUUCAGAUGCCCAAGAAGGGGAAGAUUUACUCGGUUAAUGAAGGGAAUGCACUGAACUGGGAUGAGCCAACCAGAAAGUUUGUGGAGUCCUGCAAGUUCCCAACUGAUGGCUCGGCCCCGCGUUCCCUUCGCUACAUUGGAAGUAUGGUGGCGGAUGUGCACCGGACACUUCUGUAUGGUGGAGUUUUCAUGUACCCAGCUGAUAAGAAGAGUCCCAAUGGCAAACUGAGGGUGCUAUAUGAAGUUUUCCCCAUGUCUAUGUUGAUUGAGCAAGCAGGCGGUCAGGCUUUCACAGGAAAACAACGUGCCCUUGAGCUCGUUCCAACCAAGAUCCAUGACAGGUCCCCAAUUUUUCUGGGCAGUUAUGAUGAUGUUGAGGCUAUUAAAAAUCUUCGCCGACCUCUCCUCCGCAUUCUGACCACUGCUAUCGUGUCGUCCUUUUUGAAUGAGACCGGAAAGCUCGCAGACAGACAACGAAAGUCGGAGUUUGAAGAGCUGCGAGAGCAAUCGUUGAGGAAGAUCUUGAGGCAGCACGAGAUGGAAAUUCAGGCCGCUAUCGACAAGAACAUUGGCUGGUUCUCCCAUUACCUCUCCAGACUCCGUCUGUCGUCUCGUGCUGGGGCUGGAAGAGACGAGGACGACGAUGAUGACAUCAGCAGCGUGUCUUCGCACUCAGCCUCUGCUACAGACACCCUCGCUGCUGACACGUCUGAGGGGGACGAGCGUGGCGGGGAAGUCGGGGGGAGUGGAGGCGCUGGGGGGAUGGUGGGCGGCGGGGUUGUUAAUGGGAAAGGCGGUGGCGAGGGGCAAGGGGGAAAGCGGAAGAAGGGGAAGGAGCAGGACCUGUCGAAUGUGGGCAAUAUGGACAUGCCCAUGCACAAAGUGCACGGGGUCCUGAAACCCUGCCUCCCUCUGCCACCCGAGCCUGAGCUCUCGCACCUGCAGCUGCCCGAACCUCUCCCUGACAAAGUAGUGACGCGCCUUCGUUAUUAUCACAUGGACGAGGAUGCAAUCGAGAUCGAAACCACACUAGGUGCCAGGCAGGGCCAGCUGGGACGCACCGUCCAGCUGGACAUGUUCACAGGGAAGCAGACGAUGGGCGAGAGGGCCAAGAGCUUCCAGGUGCAGGCGAGCAUGGAGGUGCACUGUGGGUUUGCAGGGCCCAACACGGGGUUCACGGUGGCAGAGGCGGACCAGCGGUGGCUCAAGCGGUGCCAGGUGGCAGUGGUGACGGCGAUAUUCGGGGGAGGUGACAUCCUGGUGCAGCCAAUUGGGAUGACACAGACGUCCCUAGAGAAGGUGUGCUAUGUGGCGUUUUGGGACGAUGUGACAGCAGCAGCGCAGGCAGAGGCAGGGGUGGUGCCGGAUGCGGAGACCAUGAAAGUGGGGCUAUGGCGCGUUGUCAUUGUCAAGGACCUGCCGUUCGUGGACCAGCGGAGGAAUGGGAAGAUCCCAAAGAUCUUAUCUCACCGCCUCUUCCCGCGCGCCCGCUUCUCCAUCUGGGUCGACUCGAAGUACCAAUUCCGCCGCGACCCCCUCGAAGUGCUUGAUACGCUGCUGUGGCGGCAGCAGCCGCGGGCAGAGUUUGCGAUCUCGGAGCAUGGGGCAAGGAGCUGCAUCUAUGCGGAGGGGGAGGCGAUCGUGAGGAAGCACAAGGCACAGCCGGAGGAGGUUGCGGUGCAGCUGAACCAGUAUCGCACCGAGGGGCUCCCGGUUAAUGCCACUUACAAUGGGAAGAAAGCAUUGGCAGAGGCUUCCAUCAUAGUGCGGGAGCACACAGCAGCCACGAACCUUUUCAUGUGCCUGUGGUUCAAUGAGAUGGUGCGAUUCACUGCUCGUGAUCAACUCAGCUUUGGCUACACUCUCCGACGGCUUGACCUGGUGAAACCAAACAUGUUCCCGUGUGCCGUCUUCCAGAAAACCACCCUGAAAGCAGCUCAGCUUGACGGGUCAACGCUGAUCGGAUUCGGCGACCGAGUUUGCGACAGCAUGCUGCAAAUCCAUUGGUUUACCAGCCUCGCUUCGGGACAUUGUCCUCGGCGGAGAAUGCCAGCUCUGGAGUCAAGCAGCGAUCCUGUCGCCAUGGACACUCAGCCUCCAAGCGUCGGCGGUAGCAGUGCGCUGGGUGGCUUGGAGGGGAGAGGCAAGCUGCAGCUGGUGCAGCCGUCGUCGGCAGAUGAAGAGGCGAAGGUGGUGAGGGAGCUGAUGAACACGGCGGAUGCUGGGAUGAAGGAAGGAGAUACGUACAACCUCGUAGACGCCAGGUGGUGGCGCGCGUGGUCCAGAUACUCUGGUUACUCAGAAUCAGAGGGUGAGGCGCAGAAGCUUACUGUGAAGCCGCUACCCAUAGACAACUCGAGCCUGGUGGACCGGGAGGCGCAGGACAGGUUCGGCGGUGCCGAGCCUCACCUACGGUUGGAGCUGAUGGAGGAAGGAGACUACGUGCUGGUGCCGCAGUCAGUUUGGCGCGUCCUGCACUCGUGGUACGGAGGCGGCCCAGUGGUGUCCCGCCACGUGGUGCGCAUCGGGGCAACGGAGGAGCUAUCAGUGGAGGUCUACCCGCUAUCCCUCGAGCUCCCUUUCUCUCUGCUCGAACUGGUAUCCCGCCACGUGGUGCGCAUGGGGGGAAGGGAGGAGUUAUCAGUGGAGGUCUACCCGCUCUCCCUCGAGCUCUCCUGCGUCUCUGCCGCCACCUCGCUGCCCCCUCGUGUGGAGUCGGUGGUUAUCAGCAAGCGAGCUACUGUGGGGCAGCUCAGGCACCGCGCGUGCGAGCUGUUUGGUCUCGAGCCAGAGAAUGUGCGAGUGUGGGACAACUACGGGGGCAAGCGUCACAAGGUGUUGAGCGAUGAAGGCCAGGCCUUGGAAGACGCAGAGCUGCAGAUGGGUAAUCAGAUUCUUGUGGAGGUGGGGGAUAACGGCCAAUGGCCCGCCCAGGCUGUGCAUCUAGAGUCCUCCUCUUCGCCCUCCUCUCCUUCCACCCCAUCCCGCACAUCCAAACCUGCCAGCACCUCCCCCUUCCACACCGUCACCUCGCCCCGUACCUCCACCCUCGCUUCAACAGCCGAACCCACCGCCGCCGAACCAAACGUCUCCAUAGCAGGGGGCCCUCUGUCCCACUAUAGCAGCGUGGGGGCUGCCCCCCCCCCUGGUGCGCUGUUCAUCACCUCAUGGCCUCCAAACCCCGCUGGGGAUGGAAUGGAGGCAGCAGGAGGAGAAGCAGGGACAGGGGUGGAGGGAUCGACCUGGUCCCCUGUGAGGGAAAUGACUGAUGCCGAGGCGGCAGGGGGUGAAGAACAGGGCGAAGGGGGCGGGUCCGCUGCAAGCGGAGUUGAUACCAGCACUGCUGCUGCAGGGGGGGGUAGUGCUGGUGACGUGAGAGGGAAGCUGAAAGCAGCCUUCCCAGCAGAUGUGGGGCCAGCUAAGAAACCCACCUCGAGUGCCAAGGCAGCAAGUGCGGCAGCAGCUGGUGUGGGAGCCGGAGCAGGGGCGCGAGCAGGGGGGUCGCAGGGGAUCCAGGGUGGUCCAGUGGGGUUGACAGGGUUGGUGAACCUUGGGAAUACGUGCUUCAUGAACAGUGCGCUGCAGUGCUUGGUGCACACUGUACCGUUAGUGGAGUACUUUAUGGGGGACUAUAUGAGGGAGAUCAACAGAAGCAACCCCUUGGGAAUGGAGGGUGAGAUGGCAACAGCAUUUGGCGAGCUUCUGCGCAAGCUGUGGGCGCCAGGAAGGGACCCUGUUGCUCCCAGGGCGUUCAAGGCGCGCCUUUCGCGCUUUGCUCCCCAGUUCAGCGGUUACAACCAGCACGAUUCACAGGAGCUCCUGGCAUUCCUGUUGGAUGGGCUACACGAGGACCUGAACAGGGUGAUGCGCAAGCCGUACAUCGAAGCCAAGGACGCCGAUGGGCGGCCGGACGAGGAGGUGGCGCGGGAGAACUGGGAGAACCACAAGGCGCGGAAUGACUCCAUCAUCGUUGACAAGUUCCAGGGUCAAUACAAGUCAACCCUGGUCUGUCCGCACUGCAAGAAGGUCUCAGUCACCUUCGAUCCCUUCAUGUACCUCUCGCUGCCGCUCCCCUCCAAGGCCACUCGCUCGCUGCACCUCACGCUGCUCUCCUCCUUCGGCGACCAACCACCCCGCACGCUCACUGUCACGGUGCCACGCACAGGCAGGAUUCUGGACCUGCAGAGAGCGUUGGCAGAGGCAUGCCAGCUGCCUGCUGGAGAGAGACUGCAUGUUGUUGAGGUCUACAACAACCGCAUCUUCCGCCCGUUCCCACCGCUGGAGCAGAUCUCUUCAAUAGAGGACAGAGACAGGCUCCUGGCUUACCGUGUGCCACGGGGUUGUGAAGCCCCUGUUAUAGUCACACAGCGAAUCAAGGAAUCCUCCACAGUCACCAAGGAUUUCUUCUGGCGCCUGCACGGCGCGCCUCUCCUCCUCCCAGUCUCCCGUUUUGACAUCCGUUCCGGCGCUGACCUUUACCGCCACGUGAGCACUGCCCUAAAGCCCUUCCUGCGACCAGGGGUUGUUGGUGCAGAUGGCACGGCAGACAGAGACGUGCAAGGGAAGGAUGACCCUAUGGACGAAUCUGCAGGGAGGGACGCCAAUGCUGGUGAUGCAAAAGGAGCAGCAGCGGGUGGUGAGGGUGAGGGAGGGACUGCGGCGACUGCAGGGGAAUCUGCAGGGGCUGAAGAUGUUGCGGGGCAGGAGGGGAGAGAGGGACAGGCAGUGGCAGUUGAAGAGGAGCCGCCGUUCUCGCUGUCAGUUACUCGAGCACAUGUUGAGACAGCUGCUGAUGCUAUUCGGAUUCCCGAUGGCACUGAUUUACCCAAGGGAUUUACUCCCGAUAUGCUUUCAAAGGAUGGGCUUGCGCUGCUUCUGGAUUGGUCGGUCAAGGGGCUGAAGGAGCUUUACGAUGUCGGGAAGCUUGAGGAGCUGCCCGAGGUGAGCUCGGGCAGUGCAGGGCUGCCCAUGAAGAACAAGCGGCAGGAGGGAGUGACGCUGUUCUCAUGCCUGGAUGCUUUUAUCAAGGAGGAACCCUUGGGCCCUGAUGACAUGUGGUACUGCCCGCAGUGCAAGGAGCACAGACAGGCCACCAAGAAGCUCGACCUUUGGCGACUGCCAGAGAUCCUGGUGGUGCAUUUGAAGCGAUUCUCCUACAGCCGUUACUUCAAGAACAAGCUCGACACGCUCGUCACCUUCCCCAUUCAUGACUUUGACCUCUCGCCGUACCUCCCGCCCUGCAACGCUGAAGCGGGUGGCAACGUGUAUGAGCUGUAUGCGAUCAGCAAUCAUUAUGGUGGCAUGGGUGGAGGGCAUUAUACUGCAUAUGUGCUGCUGGGCAACGAUCGCCAAUGGCACACCUUCGACGACAGCUUUGUUUCUCCUGCGAACGAGUCACAGAUUGAAACACCUGCAGCUUAUGUGCUCUUCUACCGGAGAGUUGGGAGCUCGCACCAUUACGCAGCAUCUCAGAAUGAAGCAGCAGGUGAUCCACAAAACUCCACCGCUGAGGCCACUGACAUGGACCAUGAUUAA